CCGCCGCGCCGAUGGCGGCGGUGGCCGCGGCGGCUGCAGCGCCCGCGCUCUGGCCGGCGGCCGCCCGCGCGCCGCCCGAAACCUGGCGCUCCGGAGCCCCGCCGCGGCGGCGCGCGGGCGGCGCCGGCGUGCUCGUCGGCGCCGCGGCGCUGGCCGCCGCCAGGGGCCGCGGCGCGGCGGCGGCCAGCGCGCGGCGCGCCGCGGCCGGAGCCGGCGCGGGCGCGGCGCCUCCCGGCGGGGCCGCGCUCGCGCCGGGCGGCGCGAGCGCCUCGGGGGGCGCCGCGCCCGCGUGCGGCGGCGGCGCGCUCGCGGCUGGCGGCGCCGCGUUCGUCGCCGCCCUGCGGCGGCGGCGUCUCCGCCUCGGCGCCUCUGGCGUGUCCAGGCUGCCAGGGCUCGUGGCCCCGCCCCCAGAAGUCGCCCGGGCCAUCGCCGAGUUCGCCUCGCGCUUCGGCGGCUCUGCCGCCGCCCCGGUGAUCACCGGGCGGCGCGUGCAGGUCCACCUCGCGGGCGCGGGCGCGGGGCCCUUUGCCGAGUUCGCGCGCGGCCACGAGCACGGCGCGCUGGUGGAGGGCCUGCUCCUGGAGCUGCGGGCGCGGCUGCGCGAGGUGGCGGAGGCGAACGGCGGCGAGCCGUCUGGGGACAUCCUCGCGCUGGUCGGCGCCAGCGAGGCGCAGGUGCCCCACGUCGACCUGCUCCCUGGGCAGGCGCAGCUCAUCCUGGCCCUGACGCCCACGCAGCCCACCCUGGUGUACGACCCACAGGCCCCGGUGCCCGACCUGGCGCACCUCAGCGAGGCCACUGGUGUGGCGCAGUCGGACCUGCGGGAGGACCCGAGCUGGACCAUGCUGCUGCGGGGCGGGUCGCCCCUGGUGCUGCCCAUGGCGGAGGUGUACCGGCGGAUGGUCCACGCGUGCGAGCCCCUGCUGCCCGGGGACGCGGUGCAGAUGCGAGACGGCAUCGUGCACGCCGGCCCGUGCUGCCCCGAGUCGCCGGACCAGCCGCGGGUGGUCGUCUUCGCGACGUAUCACACGUCCCGCGCCAGCCGUUACGACGUUGGCUGCCAGGUGAAGCCGUGGGACUGGGCGAGCCACCCUGCCGUGCCAGCGGGCGGGGGGGCGGGCCUCUGGCCCGCCGGCAGGGUCGGCGGCACGUGGGAGUGGGGGCACCACCAGCUCCAGCCGCCGGAGAGGGUGGGAUCGGCGGCGAGCUAG